UUAUCAUGGAAGGUUUUUUAUUAAAAGGUGGAGGGUCCACAGUUAAUAUAAAACUUGAACAACUUUGUGGUUUGGAUUUUUGAAAAAAAGAGAGAAAAAACUAAAAAGAACGUUAGGGAACCCCUGUGUUAAUUUAAGAGUGCCGGAGAAGAAUAGAUCAACCAACAACAGAGUUUAAAAAUUUCAUCAGGAAUACCAAGUGUAUGAAUCUCUAUACCAUGGUAUGAAUUAGCAUAUACGAGUGCACGGCUUAGUAAGUCUCUCUUCUCAUUGAAAUUGGAAGAUGUUUGUGUACGUAGAAAUGGUACAAUGGCAGUUUAGUGAAGCGCCCACAGUUGAGCUUCACAGUUGCAAAGAUCGUUAGUAUAAAAUUGUUUCGAUAAUAUGCAUCAGUUCAAACACAGUUCACCGGCACUACUGCUACUCACCUUAUGGCUCUUUGGAAAUAUGUGGAAGAUCGCUGGAGGACAAAAUAACCUUCGAACUGAAGUAAGAACAUGUACUGAGGUCAAACGACAAAUAUUUGAAGAGGUGAAAACUUUUAGUGCUUAUAUACAUGGAGCCCAAGAAUUGAAAUUUACUGUAGAUAAUUGUAAACCAUACGCUCCGCUAAUAGUAGGGGGAAGUCCAGCGAGUCCUAAAGAGUUUCCGCACAUUGCACGAUUAGGUCACGCCAGUAUAAAUAAGCCAACAGAAUGGUUUUGUGGAGGUACUCUUAUAAGUGAGAGAUUUGUUUUGACUGCAGCGCAUUGUUUCUCAACAAACCGUGGCGAAGUAAACAUUGUGCGGUUAGGAGAUUUGGACUUUGGCAGAGAAUCGGAUGAUGCACGGCCAGAGGACUUCCGUGUUCGACGCUACAUAGAGCAUAAUGAAUACAACAGUGCCACAAUCUACAAUGACAUAGCACUCGUAGAACUGGAACGACCUGUAACUUUUGACGCAUAUAAACAUCCUGCAUGUUUGCCCACCAAUUCUGGAGAUGAGUUUCAAAAAUUAGUGGCCAUUGGCUGGGGGAGCACACGUUUCGCCGAUUCUGAUUCGAAAAAACUUCUAAAAGUAACCCUCAAUCGGUUGGGCUUCGAUCAAUGUCAACGUCUUAUCGCGUUUUCGGAUGUGGAUCAACUCCCCAGGGGUGUGGAGAAUCGUUUACAAAUAUGUGCUGGUUCGAAUGAAGCAAAAGAUACUUGCAGCGGUGAUUCGGGCGGUCCAUUAUUAGCAUACCAUCCAGAUUAUCCGUGUAUGUACACCGUGAUUGGCAUAACAUCAUAUGGAAUUGGCUGUGGUAUACCCGGACAACCGGGUAUUUAUACCCGAGUGUAUAGCUACAUUGAUUGGAUACGGAUUAAUGUUUGGGGACAAAGGUAGAACAUAAGUUACCUAAAAUAAGUCGAAAUUUAUUUGGAGUAUCAAUAACUUAUCUACAUCAGCUUAAAGGAGGAUCGAACUUAAUAAGAACUAAAGUGAAAUAAACAUCUAUGUUUGCUUAUCCAUUCACUUCUAAAAAUAGAUUUCGGGUUCCCAUUGGAACUCAAAUUUUAAUUCAGAGAGCUAUUAAGAAGUCGAAAAGUGGAAUAAAUUACAGUCAUAUUGUGAA